AGGAAACCCCAGGCGGCGGCGGCGGCGGCGGAGACAGAGAUCGACGGUGCGGGCAAGAGGCAGCGAUGAGCAGCGGGUCGAUCUCGUCGGACAGCGAGAUGCUGAUGGAGGAGAUCAUCUCCCUGCGGAGAGAGCGGAAAGACAUCAUGGAGUCUCUUACUCCCAGGAUUUCUUGCUGGAGGGAUCAGAUCUCUGGAGCAGCAAUCUCGUCCUUCCAUAAGAUGGACUCGAGCACCAUCAAACCAGCCUCCAGUUUCCAGUCCGACUCACAGCAGCAGGUAUACUUGACGGACGACUUCGAUGUUCUGGAGGACGUCGAGGAUUUGGGCCAGCGGAUGCUAUCUUUGGCACAUUCUCUUUCGACCUCCCAUGCCCCCAUCUCCUUGUACAAGGCGGACGAGCUGGUUAGCACAGCAUCCAAAUUAGAGAGGAUCUCGCUGGAUUUCUACAAUUCUACCGAGGCGGCAAUGAAGGAGGCAGCGGAUGAGGAGAGGGAUAGGAUGAUGGAGAUUCGGAAGACAGAAGGAGAAGGUACUGCUGAGGAGUUGGAUGAAGAGAUGGAGAUGGGAAGGAAGAUGAAGAGAUGGGAAGGAAGAUGAGGAAUGAUGAUGAGCUGAGCAAGCUUUUUCUGUCCCACGAAUUCUUGAAACUCUCCUCCAAUGUCCUGGAUAGACCCUACUGCUACAAAAAUGAGUUGGCCAUGCUGUUUAAGGUGGAGGAAGAGGAGGAGUAUGAGAGGGUGAGGGAGGCCGAGAGAGAGAUGGAGAGGCAGAGGGCGAAGAGUAAGCAGAGGAGGCAGAGGGAGAAGAACAAGCAGCAGAUUGUGGUGAAGGAGGAGCGCGUUGCUGAUGAGCAGCAAACAAAAUCUCAAACGGAGCAACUCAAAGAGUGGAUGGAUGAUGCGCUGGAAUUUUUCGCAGGCCACCGUAGCAUCUGGGAACGCUCUAGUGGCAGCAAGGCCGGGCGGUUCGGUGGCUUCGAAGAUAAAACGACAUUAAGUCCUCUCCAAUUUACACACUGCACAUCCGGUAUCCUUCUGCCCCGUGCCGCUGUCACUGAAAGAACGUUGCAAAUCUACUCAUUCAAACUUGUUGGACUAACGGAGCAGCUGAAGUGGCCACUCUCUGUUUAUGGCGUGGUUGCUGCCCGAGACACCGUAGACCGCAACCGCAACCUUCUCUUCUCUCGGUCGAGGAUCAGGGGUCAAUUACUCUCUGGACAUGACUCUUAUCUGUGCUUGACUGGCCCGUCUCGAGCAAUUCUAGUUGGGGAUUAUGUUGACUUUGAAGUUGAACUAAAAGUACGUGAUGGAGAUGAUGAGCACAAUGAUACACAGUUGAUGUGUGUUAGCAAGCGGUAUAAAGAAGCAGACGGCGACGGUGAGCAACCUUUACUCUUCGAUAGCCCAUUAUGUACUGCGGAGUUGAGGUUUGAGCUUUUUCCUACGACGGUCCAGCUCACUGUAUUGUCCGUUCGUGUUGUUGGAGGGGAGUUCCCUUUUAGCUCUGGGGGUCAGGUUGCUUGUAUUGUUUCUGGCCGUGAGAGGGUUGUGCUGUUUGAUUCUACUGAAAAAAUUACUAGAGAAGACGAAGUAGUUUUGGAUGGUUAUGUUCCUUUGUCAAGAAACGCCAUUUCAGUAGAGUUUGAAAAAGGAGUGACUGUUGAGGUAACAGCCUAUGUUGAUUCUGGUUCUAUCGCUGAUCGUGUCCACUUCCCUUCCAAGUGGUGCAACAUUAGUCAGGAUAGAUGUUUCAUCUGUGGUUCUGAGGUGGAGAUUACUGUUGCAUGGUCCCGGGUUGUGAGAGACAAGAUGGAGAUGUUGCUGGAGGGAUACGCUACCCAGGUGUAGUGUGCUAUCUGUAAUCAGGAGUGGUAAUUGUAUGUCGGCAAGUAUCAACUAUAUAUAUUAUUAUUUGUAUGUUGCCUCUAUAUUUUGUAUGUCGGCAAGUAGUAUGUAUGAAGUCUAUAUUAUAUUAUUUGACUCUUAUGUGUUAAUGAGCAGUCGUGUUGUGUGAAA